CCCCGAACGGGUUUUUUUUUUAAGUUUCUGUCGCCAAGCUGUCACGUGUACUGCGACCAAUGUCAUUUGACGCUGAAACGGAAGACCUUCCUCAGAGCUUUUUUUUUUUUUUUUUUUUUUUUUUAACAAAUUUCGUUUAAAAAAGUUGUCUUUAAAUUUAUUUUUCACAUCUUGAACUUUUAAAAUGGUAUCCGUGUUGCGUGAAAAAAAAAAAUAUAAUAAGACGCCAGGAAGUUGUUUCUAACAAUGACGCUGAAACGGAUGACCGUUCUCAAAGUUUUUUUUAAAAAAACAAAUUUUGUUUGAAAAAGAUUGUCUUUAAAUUUAUUUUUCACAUUUUGAACUUUUAAAAUGUCACCAUGUUGCGUGAAAAAAAUAAGACGCCAGGAAGUUUCUAACAAUGGACUCAACAAUAAAUUAGCUUACUUUAUUUUUCAACGCCAGCGUGUUGGCAAGAUAAUUGCAACGUUAACUCGGCAAACGUUUUAAAUUAGCGUUGCUUUGUUCAGUGAAGGCUUGAGUUUUAAUUUCUUUAUCAUCGUAAAAUGCUAAUCAAUGCCUUUUGAUUUGCGCAGCGGUAAUUUGUCUUCCCGCCUUUUUUCUUUGUUCUGUUGGCGAGCUUGCAAAACUGGAGAGAGGUUAAAUUUGCGUUGUGAUCAACGUUGGUAUCCUUGAUAUCUCGACUAAUAUAAUUACUCGUGGGCUGGUAUUUGUGGAGAUAGUUGACGUUAGUGUAAGUUAACAUGCCCAUCGUAAACGCAUAUUUGUGACGUUUCAGCCGCAACAUUUCAAGGACAGAUGGCUCUAGUCGCCGACGCGAGCAGGAUGAAGGUGCUGCUCCUCGCGUGCGCGGCGCUGGCGGCGGCCCACGAGGCGCGACGUCUGCCGGAGGCCGCCGACGACGCCUCCUUCAAGGACGUCGCCGUGGACGUGGACGACGAGCGCUUCCUGCAGUUCUCGCGCCUCCGGGUGUCCGGCGCGCGCCUCGAGGGCGACUACCGCCUCGUCAGCAACUCCGUGGAAGGCGAGGAGGAGGACGGCUUCAGCGGCGACGGCCGCUUCUCGGCCCCGCAGGCCGUGGUGCAGCUGUCGCGCGACCUCGGCCCGGCGCUCGUCGGCGCCGUGAGGUUCUUCUCGGUGCCGCGGGUGUCUGCGGCGGCGGCCGCGCGGCUGGACGGCUACCUGCGGCGCAGCGGCGUGGACCCGGGGCGCCUGGCGGGCAACACCAGCGACCCGGAGCUGCUGGCGGCCGCGGUGCUGAGCCGCCUGGCGCGCGAGGACCUGGGGCAGGUCGCCGACCUGCUGCUGGACGUGGCCCGCGGCAAGAUGCGCGCCUCGGGCCGCGACGAGCUGCCGCUCCCGGACCUGGACUGCCUCCGCGGCGGCGGCAGGCGGCGGCGCCACCGCCGGAAGGUGUUCCACGCGGCGGGCGGCAGCUUGAAGGGCGUGUCGCGGCUGUCGCGCGCCGGCGCGGCGAGUCUCUCGCGCGACGGCGUGGUCGUCACGGUGACCGUGCCCUUGCGGCUGGAGCGGCUGGAGGCGCGCUACGAGGCGUACGGCCUGCAGCUGUCGCGGCUCAAGGUCGCCAGCGGCGCGGCGAGCGGCGAGGUGCGGGGGUCUUCGGCGGAGGUGCGCGUCGACGUGGCGGUGGCGGAGGACGGCUGCUGCGCCGCCUCCGUGCGGGCGGUGCGCUUCGCCCCCGGGGAGGCGGGGCUGCGCCUGGAGGGGCUGGCGGCGGCGCACCCGGCGGCGGCGCGCGUGGACGCCUGCUUCUCUGCGCUGCUGCGGAGCGCCGCGGCGCCGGGCGUCGAGGCGGCGGUGCGCGAGGCCGUGGCCGCCACCUUGCGCGAGUUCCGCUGCCCGCGCUGACUCCCUACCCGCUGGUCGCCACUUCGGCUACUGGGGCGAACAAACCAAAGCUAUUCUAAUUGAAACAGAGUUACUCUCAAGUGGUACGGCUUGGCAUGAACUAUGAAAAUAAACAUGGCAGCUAAUGUUACAUAAUCUUAAGCCCCACCUGUCGUAUAGCUAGAGACCGGAAAAAAAAUCGCGGAUUCAUUUCGUGAUGGGCUGAAAUUCAAACAUGUGUAUAAUUCUGCUGGUUCUGCUAUUGGCUCGCGGUUUAACUGGAGCUGUCUGGCCCAAUGAGAGACUAUCGACAAAAUAAGGUCGAAUCACAAGCUACCCAGUGGAGACGACUCAAAAUUUAGUACCCAAUGAACUCGCGUGGUUACUUGAGAAGUGCAGAGGAUAAUGGAGGCUAUCCUAGAGGUCAUUGAAUCCGCGAAUUUUUCCGGCCCCUACGUAUAGCCAUAUUUGAAAUAAAACAAACAAAAAAAUUUAACAGUGUUAAAUUUAUAAAUACAUAAGCCAUGAAACAGCUGUGUUCCACCUUCGUAUGUUCAAUCACAGUUAUGUGUGUGGUCGCGGAACCUGCUCAGAAGGAAUCCAAAAUGGCGUCGCAUGAGCUGUUUGGUUAUAAUGAUGUUUAACCCGAAUUCCUUGCUGAUGUUUCAUUUUUUUUUCUUAUUUUAGCAAUAGGCACUCAUUUCACAAUUACAUUAUUUCUAUACUUACUAGCGAGUUCCUUUCAAGCUAUUUAACAAACUUCGAGUAUAAGCUAUUUACACAGCUAAGGCUUGGUUUGCUAACCAAAGUGACUUAAACUUUUAACAGACAUCCAUUUCACAUAUAAAUAUCUCAAUGGACUUAGCAGACUUUUAUCUAUGUUUCGAGAAAAAUUGGUUUUGAUGUACUAAAAUGUAAUAAAAUUCAUAUUUGAACAAUCAACCUGAGAUUUUGUAAUAAGUGAUAAAUAAACUGUUUGCAAGAUCUUUAUGCACUGUUUACCAUCGCACGGCAGUUUUGCUUUGUUCACACAACAUUGAAACCUUUUCCACCGGAGGACCGCGCAGUUAAUUGCGACAUGGAUUUGAAUCCAAGGGACUGUCCACAACACGUAACCACACCAUAGUUCCGCAUUCCGCCACCAGAACUGUGUGCACGGCAAACCCAUUGUUGUCCGUAAAGUUUCAACUCACUACCGAACUUACACCAUGUUCAAUACGAUCCUGACUCUUAAAAACAAAAACAAGAAAUGAAUAGUCAAAAUGGCGCCCGGUAACGGCAUCCUUGACGAUUCAGUGUCACCAACAACGCAAACUUCCUACACGCCAUUGUCAACCUAGUUUUUACACAACAUGCACUGUGCCAAUAUUUAGAACGAUAUAUAUUUUUUUUUAAAUAUUGGCUGUGGUCUGUAAGGGAUGCUUUCCCGCGGCCCGUCUGGUCAGGAGUGUAUGUGUGUUAGCAUUGAAUAUAUAUAAUGUAUAGAAGUCGCGAGCCCAGGUUAAAUUUUCUGUCCGGUUUCUUAGAAGAAUUGUUGUAGUUCCAAGCUCCGCCGCUGCGAUCGCUUUCAUCGCUGUGUAUCGGCCGUAUACGCCCCUGGCGGUAUUUGGCAGAACUAGGUUAACCAGCCCAGUCGUGACAUCAUCCUUCACCCCCCCCCCCCCCUCAUCGAAAAUCCCAGACCAACGAUUCAAAUUACCCGGCAGGUCUUAUCAGCAUCGUUAGGCGACCUUGAAGAGGAGCUUCCCUUACCGUCGUUUGAGAAUGAUGAAAUCCCAAAAGAAGCUAGCCACGGAAAUCACUGAAUGAUGGAAUUCUGUUCCCGAGUGAAGUGAAAAUUAGCUAUUAAAACUUUGUAUUGGGCCAAUAGUCAGUGUUACGUUCAAAAUAUGGUUUUAUUUUAAAAGUAAAAUACUUAUUUAAACUAUAUUUCGCGUUUGUACAAAUUUACUUUUAGAUAUUGGUAAGGAAAAUCAAAAUACCUUAAACAACCUUCUCUUAUUCAACGUUAUCUAUUAAGUAGUAAAAGGGGUAGAUAUUAUUUAUAAAAAAAAAAAAAUGUAACCCACUAAAUCAGUAUUGGCAAGAUAUAUAUAAAUUCAAUAUUAAAAUACGCACAUUACAAUUUUUUGUAAUUAACUUUUUUCGGUAAUAAAAAUUCAGGAUGAUUUUGGUUUAAUUGGUUUACGUAUAUUGCUAUAUUUUCUAAAUCACAUAGAAAAGGGAAAACAGUGCAUCAGUGAAAAUUCAAAAAUUUAGUUUAAGUAAUACUAGCCAUACCAAAAGAUCAAUAUGCGAGAUAAGAAAUUUGGUAACUGCUCUACAUUUCAAAUAAAAAUGCAUUGGUUUCAUGAAUACUGAAAUGUAUGCGUAAUAAGGCAUAUUAUGUUAUUAUACUAAGCAUGACUAUAACUAAAAAAAUUACAGUAAUUUAAAACGAUGGCAGUCCUAACAUACAAUAAGUGCGUGGGGGUCUUAGUUUAUUUUUUAAUUGGCUUCUUCGUCGGAUGGAAAAGAGUUAAGAUUUCAUCAAGGAAAAAUAUAUUCUCAAAGUCACUAAACCGGGAGAUAUAAAAUAAGGUAGGUACUUAAUUUUAAAUAAAAGUUAAAAUAGACUUACGCUAAACCAAUUAAAAAUAAGUCGUAAAAAUAUGUUCUAUACUUGACAGUUCUUUGUGUAUAAUUCUUCAAAAAUCUUUGAAAUUUAAUACAUAUUUUCUUAAAAUGGUAGAAUAUCAGCAAUACCCGGAAAUUACGUGAGCAAAGCCACGGGUUAUUAGAUACACUUUUAUUAUAAAAUAAAAACAAUUAUGCAUUUGUAGUUCACGAAUGUGAUAUUUUGUUUAUUGCUUCACAACAUUCAUUUACCAGUCUCAAAUUUCAUCGUACCACUUGUCAGAAAUGUCACCAAAAAUGAUAGUUUUUUUUGACGAAUUUCAAUUACGAGGAAACCUUUCGCAAGACUUUUUUCUUCGCAGUAGUCACUGGGACACCAUUAAUUUAAAUCCACUAAGAUAAUAAAAUUGUAUGUAUAAUGAUUUGUUUUUGUAUAUUUAUAUAACUUCCCAACCAAUUUUUAAUGAUUUUCAUGUGAAUAAAAACUUGUAAAGCAAUUUAAUUAACUAUGUCAUAAUACUUCUGAUUAGAUGGAAAUACAAACUUUUCAUCAGUAAUAUACGAUGAUAAAAAUAUUUAUUAUUGCAAAAUAAUAUUCACUGUUCAAAUGCAAAUUUAAAUAGAUUAUUCAUACAUGUUUCCUGCUAAAAAUGGUUUAAAAUAAUAAUUUUUUAGUAUAAAAUCAUUUUUCUCUUGUGUUAAAAUGGGUUGCUAAAAUGAGGAAUUAUAAAUAUGUCACUUACUAAGUCCGUGCACAGAUUUACACAAAACAGCAAUGUAAGUUAAAUAAUCUUUUUUGGUAGUUUCUAAUUUUGUGCCCUGGAUAACAUGAAUUUGGUUUAAUUCAUACCAAAGUGAAUUUUUUGAACAACUUAAAUUGAUGUCAUAAAUAAAUUUUUAUUUUAUAUUAAAAAUCCACAAACAGUUUUUAAAAUAUAAUAUUUAUCACGCCAGAUGGAAUAAUAAACAAAAAAUAGCUCUUAUAUGUUGUCUGUGUUUAAAGAAUUGUAUUAUAUUUCAUGGAAAUAAUAUUUACCUUUCGGUUAUUAAAAGAAAAUAUAUUUGUAUUCAAAAUACUUGCGCAUCGUUUUUACGAGCAUAAAGGCCGGGAUACAUUCGCAAUAGCACGCAAACAGCACACAGAUAGCACACACGCACAGAGAUAGCACAGAGCUUGAUGCUACAUUCACGCACAACACAACACAAAAUAAUACCGGAAGCAUUCAAAAAAGUUUUUUAAAUGUAAAACUCCCGUUCACAAUUUUGGUCACUGAAGUUGGCAUACGUGACGUUUGUUUAGAUUCGUGUGUUGUUAUUGUGGUACGGUUUUCGUUAAAGCCAGAAAUAUUUUAAAUAUUUCAAAGUUUACGUACAAAACACAAUGAGCAUUCAAAAAUAUAUAUCACUGUUUAUUUCAAAUCCGGCUUCCUUAACACAUUCAGACACAGACUUCCAAGCAUUUAAUUUAGCUUCUUCAUUUUUGUAUCCUGCGGAUCCCCUGUCAUACAAAAUAUUUUUACUUUCUAUUACAGCUAUCAAAAAGCUAUCAAAUGUGCCUUCCAUUUUUAUGUUAUCGCGUGUUUGAAAACAAUAACAAACUACUCAAGUCAAGAGCACCAAUACUUUCGUGCAGUGGUGUAGCCAGGAUUUGUGUAUGAGGGGUGUUAAGCAUGGCUCCCCGUAUUAAAGCGGGGGGUUCGGGGGUUCUCCCCCGGGAAAAUUUGGAUUUUAAGGUGUAAAAUAGUGCUAUUUUAGCAGUUUUCGGUUCUUAAAUUUAAAUAUUGUAAUGGUAAAAAUUUUAUUAAUUUCAAUAUGAAAUUUGUUUGAGUGAUGAAUAAGAAAUUAAUUAAAGAUUUGGUGCUAAGGGGGGGGGGGGGUUGAACCCCUAACCCCCCCCCCCUCUGGCUACGCCCCUGCUUUCGUGACAAUUGUUCUUUUAUAAGCCCACUCGAGUAGUACUUAAACUGUUUGCUGAUUGGCUACCACCAUGGUCGCGCACAGAAAAUAACCUAAAAGUUAAAAGUUAAUGAACUUUCUGUGCGCCGAUCCUGUGCACGCGUUUGAACAGUCAUCGCAGCCAUAGUUGUUUCAUAGCUACCAAAAUCAUUCAACGUUGUCAAGAAUUAUUCCAAAUUAUGUUUUACCAUUUUACUCAAUGCGCCACUCCGUUAACACAACAUUUUAUAAAUUCUGAACUACGAAUGUCAGUGGGAAUGUACACUAUACUGUACAUUCCAAUCUGAUACGCUUUAAGAAAUUUCUGUAGUUUUCUUAUUAUUAAAACUUAAUUUUUGAUGUUGGCAUCUUUUAACCGCACUUUUUUUUUUUUUCGGUGGCCGUACUCCUCCAAUACAGUUGCGCCCGCCGGUAUCUAAGCGCUCGGAUUUCAACAAAAGGCACCGCCUCUCGAUAGAGUGAAACAGAGAAUUAUGCGCACGACCUUGAAAAAAGCGACGCUACAGCGCUCUGGCGUGGAAGCUGGUAACUACGAGUACCCUCUUGUGGAAAGAAGAGCUGUCUAGCGGCGGAGCUAACAACUACCUCAGUUUUGGAUCCGAAAAUUGGAAUAAUAAAUCCUAUCCCCUCGCGACUUCUAUAAGUUAUAUAUAUUCAAUGGUGUUAGUGAGGCGGGAUGAUAAGCGCGACGCUCGCUGGUGCUUCUAGCGCGGUGUCUCCUCUGGACUGGCGCGCAGUCUUCUCGUCGUCACAGGAUAACGGUGAAAUUUGAGCGGUGACCGUAACAUUAUAUGGCCGAGACAUGAAGAUAAAGGUGUAAUGCAAGUGCCUUAAGUGCUUUCAAGAAUCUGUACUGGUUGUUUUAGACCUAAAAAUUACUCUAAAAACACGCCUUUUAGCCAUUUUGACUCUUCUAAAAUUACAAUUUUAAAACUGAAUCCGAAAUCGAAAGUACUUUUCGUACCUCAGCGAAUUCUUAAACGCUUUUCGUGAACAGACCCCACUCGGAUAUCUUGAGUAGUUUUUAAAUCGCGUUGUUUUUCCAGAAUCUUGUAUAAAGUAUUAGGAAAGUAUGUGCAUGAUUUUGUUUUCACUUAUAUUGAUGAUGUAUGCAUCUAUAGUUUAACUUUUUAAGAUCAUAUGAAUCAUAUCCGUCUGCGCAUCCUGUGUGUGUUUGUGUGUGUGUGUGUAUGUGCGCGCGCCCAGGCAGACGGCGCUGAGUCAAAUACUGAUCGUCAUGUUAAAAGUUAUUCCACUAACCAUAACAGUAUGAAGCUAAACUGUUUUAAGGAGUAUCUUGACGCAAAACAUUGUCGCAAGAUAAAAGUGGUAAUUGCUACCAAAAAAAAAGUUAAGUUGGAACGAGACAACUCUAGUUUUUUGGUCGCAUAAUCUUGCUUUAAAACUUUGAUUAUUUUCUUGAAACAUCUCUGAAAAUUUGUUCGCAACUGUUAAGCUAAAUUCUAUCAUAGCGAAUUAAAUGAAUCUUCCACUGUGGAUUCAAUCCUGAUACCGAUGAAGUAUGUUGAAACAAAAGAACUUAAACAUUAUUUUUUAUGUUAACAUAGUAAUUGUGACCGUUCUAAAUGUACAGUAUACUACAUAUUUACUUGAAGUAUUUUACAGUAAUUUUUUUUAUUUGUUGUAAACAUUUCUGGCUGUAUUAUUUUAAUACACUAUUGACUUCAAUUUUAAAACCGAUUUUGUAUAAGCCUAUUUUGUUUUUAUUGUGCUAUGUGGAAGAUUUUUUAAUUUAUUAAUCAAUACAUUUAUUACUAAAAAACAGAGCUGUAACAUAUUAAGUACUUGUUUAUUUUCUGUAUAAAUUGAUUCCAUACAUAAUAUGUUCAGAUACUGACAGUCUACAAAAACAUGUAUGUUAGAAUAACCAUCAGUAUUAGUUUCAUAAAAAAAAAAAAGAAGUGCUACCAAACUUUUUUUUGACUAAUGAAAGUUGAUAAAUAACCGAACUAAAUAUUUAAUAUGUCUCUACUUAGCAGAUAAUUGUUUACAGUGUAAAUUUAGCUGGUUGGUUUAAAACCCUAAUAAUGCCUGGAUUCUUUCACAUAGGUGUAUUACUAAUUCAAUCAUUAUAAACAUGUUUGAAUUUCCAGAGAGCACUGAUUUCAGUUUUUAAAACAAUUCUCGAAAGUCACGAGGGGAGGUAUUGUAUGUAUUCUCUCAAGUCUUCUCUUGUACAUUUAUGUAAAGUUGUGUACUGUUUGUGUAACUUGUUCUGUUAUAGUUUAUUCGAAUGUUUCACAGUGUGUGUGUUAUUUUCUUAAGUUUGUUACAGAAGACAUUGUAGUUUAUACGAGUAUGAGAGAGCAGAACUGAUAGUUAUCACAGUAUUAUAAGUAAUAAAUAUUUUCGUAGGAAAUUCAAAUCAGUAUUUCGUAGUUCUGUCGCAGUAGUAAGUUCAAUUUUUUAUUGACCUCUUUUUUUUUACCUUAAUAGCUACUUACGUUAACAUUUCUAGUUUGAUGAUUUCUUGAUUUUAUUGAUUUUAUUUUUCACAAAACAAAAAAAAAAAGUAACUUAACCACUUUCUAAUGUAUAAUCCGCCACUUUGAACACGUUGAUUCAAUUUUUCACUAAACCACAAAUAAAGAAAUUUUAUGGGGAAAAAAAAAAAUAGGUCACGUUACUUUUUUUUACUGCAGUAUCCGUCAUUUAUAACAUGGCUUGUGUCGCGCGAUGAAGUCACACUUGUGACGUAAUGAAUUUGCGAAGGGGGAUGUUUUCAGUUCCCCUUCCUCCCCCGCGAAAAAAAAAAAACUGCGAACGUGGGCCAAAUUCUUUCCAGCGCGGAUUCCUUUAUUAAGUGAAUGCAGUCUCGCGAUGCUUCCAACGGGGGACGCACCACAACGCCGAAAUACACUAACGCCGAAAAAUGUCAUUGCAGGACUGCCACUACGCUAUGUUAGGUUAGGUAAGGUUAGGUUUGAUUGUGGUAUUUCGGCGUUAAGGUACAUUUAAGAAACACACACAAAUACAUUCAGUUGUUAUUUCGGCGUUGUGGUACACAGCAGUUUUCUAGCUGUCGGCGUUGUGGUCAAUUUUGACAUUCGGCGUUGUGGUAACGACCCCUUCCAACGCCGUGUCGAGUCUAUGAUGAUAAGGGAAGGGGGGGGGGGGGGGCCGAGAAGGGGCGAAGACCCGGCAUGCAUUGUGUCCCUCGGACAAUGCCCCGCGCGGUCCGGACCAUAGCCGGUCCGACCCGGAUCCCAGGAACCCAAUAGCAGACACGAGCGAAACAAUGGGACUGUAACACUUCAAUCGCCUCGUGAAAGCCUGCGCGUUUUAUCCGAGCGUCUUUCAUGUCCAUGCAAUCACUGGGAUAUCGAGUCUGUGUAGCGAAUUCUAUCCAUUCAUGAAUGUUCAUCUAUUGCGUGACAAAAACGUUUCUGACAUGAUUAAAAAAAACCACUAAAUAUGAAACUUUUAAAAACUACCGGGUAAUCAGUGAAACUCAAAGAGAGAUCUUUCUUUGUAAGAGGAAGUUACAGAGUUACAAAUAUAAAAAUUGUUUAUUUGUUAUAUAUAUAUAUAAUUUUUACUGGCGUAAACAGUAGGUUUUCAGACUAAUUACCAACAAAAUAUAUUUGCCAUCUUUUGAAAACCAUUUCCCUUUUAAAAGUAUGGCAGUUUUUUUGUUUAGUUUUUAAUCUUUUAGUUUUUAUAUAAACAAGUUGAACCCUAGAAAAAAAAUUGUGUCUGGUAAAAAAAAAGGAUUGAUCUGCCUGCAAAUCUGUAUCUCACAGCUGGAGAACUAUGUAAUUAUUUCGACAAAACGUUUAUAAAUAGUUAACCUAUAGACUACCGUAUCAUACAAGGUUAGUUUUUCGCAGAUCCACCUUCCCCCCCCCCCCCCCCCCCACACACACACCCAUAUGAUUGGUCCUAUUUUGACAGUAUUUAAUUUUGCUUACUGUGAUUUAAUUAAGGCAGCGGAUACAGGCUAUUCUUCGUGAAGAAAGAAAUUGGCCCUGGACGGUGUACAAUGUCACUUCAUACGGCUGAGUGCUUGAGUGUACUUACUCGGUGUGAGUUCGGAAACCAAUCCAUACACGGCGUGUGCACAGCUGUGCAUAAGUGUUUUUAAUCCUGACGACGAAAAAAAUUGUGUGUAUAAUUCUGCUUAGUGUUUUAAACUUUAAGCUUAUGAUGUUUCAGGCACUUAAAAAUGUUCCUUAUUCAAAUAACUUAUAACAAUAAAUUCAAGAAAAAAAAUUACGUUAAGGCCAAACUUUACUCAUUAAUUUUAUACAAGAUUUGUUUGGUGGUACCACAAAUAGUACUUAAUAUCAUUGGUAGCUUUCACUCAGUAAAUUUUUUCCUAGCCAUUUUUAUGUCAUUUAGUUGUAAAAUAUUUACUUGUUACCAAUUUUGCUAUAGAUUUUUGGGUAUAGAAUGGUAUGGGCAAGGCCAUUUUUUGUGUGCUCCAGACAUGUGUUGUUAAGUAAAGAUUCGAACACUUCUCAUUGUUUAUCUUGUAUACUGAGUGUGUUGUUUUUGUUGAAAUAAUUUGUAUCACUAGUGUGUCAUAUUUUUGUGCCAGUAGUUUUGUGUUAGUUUUCAGACAGUAGAUAUAUAGUCUGAACGCUAAUGAUAUUAGUGUUACGUAGAGGUAAAUUUUGGUCAAAAUAUAGGCAUUUACAGUACCUAUUAAGUGUUAUGUUUAUUUUUAAUAUAUAUCUACUUUUCAUUGUGAAAUAGUUGUAAGCAUUUGAAUACUCGUUGUAGUGAAAGGAAAAAUGAAUAUUGUUACAAAUUUGUAUAGAAAUAUAUUUUUAUAGUGUAUUGUGAAAUAAAGUAUAGUUGCACAAGUAAA